AAACUUCCGGAGUGGGCAGCCGCUGCAGUCUUCUCUGCUGUUGCCCGAGGGGGCCUCACCUUGGAGGGUGCAGUUUCCCGUUGGUGCGCGGCCGCAGCGCUGUGACCAUGGCUGCUGAAUCUGAUGUCCUGCACUUCCAGUUUGAGCAGCAAGGUGAUGCGGUCCUACAGAAAAUGAAUCUCUUGAGACAGCAGAAUUUAUUUUGCGAUGUAUCCAUCUAUAUCAAUGAUACAGAAUUCCAGGGACACAAGGUGAUUUUUGCUGCUUGCUCUACUUUCAUGAGAGAUCAAUUUUUACUCAACCAGUCAAAGCAGGUCAGAAUUACCAUCUUGCAGAGCGCAGAGAUUGGCAGAAAGUUAUUGCUCUCUUGUUAUACUGGUGCACUGGAGGUUAAAAGGAAAGAGCUUUUGAAAUAUUUGACUGCUGCAAGUUACCUUCAAAUGGUACAUAUUGUGGAGAAGUGCACAGAAGCUUUGUCCAAGUAUUUGGAAAUAGAUUCUUCUAUGAAGAACAAUAGUGAGGGUGCUGAGACAUGUCAUUCCUCUUAUCCAGAACUAAAGGAUGAAGAUGAAAAUUUAGAGAGAGACUGUGAAAUAAUUGAGAUUUCUGAAGACAGCCCUGUGAACUUGGACAUGCAAGUUAAGCAAGAAAAAGACAAUGCUUUGCAGCCUACUAUACAGGGCUUAAUAUUGGACAAAAAAGAUAUGAAAACAUCAGAGAUUUCAACAGUUGAAAUAGGAUAUAAAGAUGAUGAAAUUUGCAUCUUCCGAAUGGAUUCCAUCAAUGUGCCCACUGUAGAAAGUGAGCAGUUUUCACAGCCUUGUACCUCUUCUAAAACAAAUAUAUAUUUUCCAGAAACACAGCAUUCACUGAUUAAUUCUACAGUGGAAAGUAGGAUGACAGAAGUUCCUGGGAAUCACUUCCAAGGGUUUAUUGGUGAAAGUACAGAAGGCAGUGUUGGUGUAACAAAUGGGCUUCAAAGUCUAGAAGAGGGUUAUUCCUGGCGACACCAGUGCCCCAAGUGUCCACGAGGAUUUCUUCAUCUUGAAAACUAUCUACGCCAUCUCAAAAUGCACAAGCUGUUCUUGUGUUUGCAAUGUGGAAAAACAUUUACCCAGAAGAAAAAUCUUAACCGGCACAUCCGAGGACACAUGGGCAUACGACCAUUUCAGUGUUCUGUGUGUUUAAAGACAUUUACUGCCAAGAGCACUCUUCAGGACCACUUGAACAUUCACAGUGGAGACCGGCCCUAUAAAUGCCACUGUUGUGACAUGGACUUCAAGCACAAAUCUGCCCUCAAAAAGCACUUGACUUCUGUGCAUGGGAGAAGUAGUGGUGAAAGGGCAAACCUUGACAUCAUCACAAAAGUCAAAAUAGACUAUGAUUAAUAGUAAUACACACUUGCUUUGGAGACUUGGAUAUUAUAAUCCAUUAUCUUGAGUUCUGCAGAAAUACUCCUUUGUAAUUCCGUAUUCUCUCCUUCCUAUGUUUAUCUGAUUUUUUGAUGUACUGGCAUAUUAAUGUUUUUGUAAUAUCUAUUCUUAAAAGUUGUUGGAGUUAAUGGAAUGGUUGAUGGAGUUCUAUUCUGCCUUAAAUACCCUUACCAAAAUAACUAGCUGAUUUUCAUAGCCAGCCUAUUUGGUGCUUUAUGAAGUGUUAUGAAUAUAGGUUCUUGGUUAAUAUUGUUAACUGAUUCUUGGCUAAAGGGGCAGAAAGAACUCAAUGGUUUUUUCAGGUUUUUCAUUGAAUUUGCAUUGUUAGUGCUUCACACAGGAACAGCAAUCAUAUUUUACUUGUACUCUUAUCUUGGUGACCAUUAGAAGAAAAUAAAUGUGGGACCUUGCCAUUCUUGGUUCAUUUUAGAAUCACUUUUAAGAACUAUUUGUCCUGUAGAUGAAAGCAAGUGUGAUGAAUCUUUUCCCAAGAAGGAUAAAUACAUUGGUUACCUUUACAAAUUAUACAACUUUUUCUAAACCAAACAAUAAGUCAGCUAUCUGGUUGAAAUUAUGAAAUAAUAUUCCUUGUGUAUAAAAAAUUUGUUACCUCCAGAGAAAUUAUUCAGCAUAUCAUUUAUUUCAAUAUGAAUAUUCUCUCCACUUGUCCAAAGGGCAACUCAUUCAUACUUUUUCAUCCGUUAUGAUUGGCUUUAUCUUUAUAUCAAUCUUUCGUAAAGGAUCAACUUAACAUACCAGGUAUCAUCAUCUUUUUUAAAAAUUAUUAUUCAUGGAUAACAUUGCAGCACUUGUGCAUUCUGUCCAUCUCUCCUUUCUCAUUCUUGCUACAUUUUGCCAACCUCCUUUUCUAAUCCUUAUUAAUAUCUUUUAUACUAGUUCUUGGGCACAGAUCAUCAUUGUGAAUAUGCUGCAGCCUACUUGUGCCACCAAAGGAAUACGCAGGGUUAUAUUAAAGUUGAUUUUUAUAAACACACAUUUGUAUAUGUAAUAUAUAUACACACCCCUACAUGUGUGUUUGUGUUUUAUAUGUUGACACACACACAUAUAUAGAUAAAAAUAUAUAAACACUUCUUUCACUGGAAUAAAAAGUAAUUGUGCCCAUGUAAUGUUUUUAAUAUAUUUUAAUUUAUUUCCAUUUGAGAAUAAAUUUUACCUAUUUGAAUUACUGGUUCACAUACUUUGGAAAUGAAUACUAAAUUAGCUGUGGUAUCUAUAUUUAAUACAAACAUCAAAUAUUUUUAUCAUCAGUAUGAUUAUGUAACCAAUAAGAAACAGCAUUUGCUGGAAAUACACAAUUUAUGAAAGACAUUGAAUGUGUUCUAGAUAUCAUUACUCUUUUUACUUUGUCUUGGUAAUAUCUUUUUUUGUCAUGGCAAUAUUAACCUACUUUUUUUUUUUUUACCUUAGUACUGUACAUGUAUAGUUGUGAUUUUUCUUAGUGAUAAAUUUUUUUCAUGUAACUAAGGCUGACUUUCAAAGAUUGAUGUUAAAAUAAUUUGAGUACUUUUUUCUGAUCCAGAUAUAUGGAUUCUCCAUGGAUGUGCCAAAAGUGAAAACAUGUAUGUACAGUAAGUGUAGUGGAAGUAAAAUUUAUUUUCAUUCUUGUUAAA